GCUGGCUUCCGCGGCAUGCUGCUGCUCCUGGCUCUCCUCGCCUCGCUCUCCGGGCAGCAUGCCCUCCUCGCCUUCCUGGAUUUUGAAGGAAGAUUCCUGCGCGUCACAGUGCCACAGAAGAUGAGGUCAAACGAGAGUGAAGUCUCAGAAAGAAAGAUGAUUUAUGCCAUUACAACUGAUGGAAAAACAUGGACCCUGCAUCUCAGAAAACACUCAUUCUUAUCCCCCAAUUUUACGGCUUAUGUCUAUAAUGAAACUGGAUCUUUGUACUCUGAGUCUUCAUAUUUUAUGAUGCAUUGCCAUUACCAAGGAUAUGCUGCCGAACUUCCAGAUUCUGUCGUGACACUCAGUGUCUGCUCUGGCCUCAGGGGAUUGCUGCAGUUUGAAAAUGUCACCUAUGCAAUUGAACCACUGGAAUCUUCAGUAAGAUUUGAGCACAUAAUUUAUCAAGUGAAAAAUGACAACCAAGAUAUACCAGUGUUAACAAGAAAUUACAGCAAUAUUCAGCAGAAAGACCAGCUCUCUAAAGUUCAUUUAAACCCACAGGAAACAUCUCAUUUACAACUAUUGCCCCAGUAUCUCCAAAUGCACAUUAUAGUGGAAAAAGCUUUGUAUGAUUAUAUGGGACCUGAAAUGGUGGCUUUAACACACAAAAUUGUCCAGAUUAUUGGGCUUGUCAACACUAUGUUUACCCAGUUUAAAUUGACUAUUAUACUGUCCUCCUUGGAACUGUGGUCAGAUAAAAACCAAAUUUCAACUGAAGGAGAUGCUGAUGAUAUAUUACAAAGACUUUUGGCAUGGAAAAGAGACUCUCUUGUCCAACGACCCCAUGACAUAGCAUAUUUACUUAUUUACAGGAAACACCCUCAGUAUAUGGGAGCAACAUUUCCGGGCAGAAUAUGCAACAAAAAAUACAAUGCAGGUAUUGUGAUGCUUCCAGAUGGCAUAAGUUUGGAAGGAUUUUCAGUUAUGAUCGCACAACUUCUUGGCCUUAAUAUUGGAUUAACAUACGAUGACACUCAUGCUUGUUCUUGUCCAAGAGCUACGUGCGUAAUGAGUCAUGAAGCAGCGAGUUCCAGUGGUAUCAAGAUAUUUAGUAACUGUAGCCUGAACGACUAUAGGCAUUUUGCUUCAGAAAGCUGUUUUCACAACUUUUCAAAUUUGCAACUUGUUUAUCCAAAUCAAUCAGUGUGUGGCAAUGGGAUUUUGGAAUCUGAUGAAGAAUGUGACUGUGGUAAUAAAGGAGAAUGUCAAUUUAAAAAUUGCUGUGAUUAUAAAACAUGCAAACUGAAAGGCUCAGUAGAAUGUGGCUCUGGACCAUGCUGCACAACAACAUGUGAGUUGUCAGCAGCAGGCACUCCCUGUAGAAAGAGUGCUGAUCAAGACUGUGAUUUCACCGAAUAUUGCAAUGGGACUUCGAGUCAAUGUGUACCAGACACUUAUGCGCUGAAUGGCAAUUUAUGCAGGUUGGGAACAGCAUACUGUUACCACGGACGAUGCCAAACUCUUGACAACCAGUGUGCUGAGAUAUUUGGAAAAGGUGCUCAAGGGGCUCCUGAUGUCUGUUUCAAAGAAGUUAAUUCUCUGCGAGAAAGAUCUGGAAACUGUGGUUUAAAAAAUUCACAACCAUUACCUUGUGAACAGAAGCAUGUUCUCUGUGGAAAAUUAGUUUGUGUCCAGCCACAUAAGAACACUAAUAAAAGUGUUGUUCAGUCUGCAGUUUAUUCAUAUGUUCAUGAUUAUGAAUGUCUGUCCAUAACUCCUGGGACAUCUUUGAGAUCAGAUGGGACAGAUGAUACCUAUGUGGCUGACGGCACUGUGUGUGGACCACAAAUGUUUUGUAUAAAUAAAACCUGCAGAGAAGCUCAAUUAGUGGGAUCUAAUUGUAAUGCCACUGAAAAAUGUAAAGGAAAUGGGAUAUGUAAUAAUUUUGGUAACUGCCAAUGCUUUCCGGACCACAGGCCUCCAGAUUGUGAAUUCCAGCUUGGUUCACCAGGGGGCAGUAUUGAUGAUGGAAAUGUUCUGAAAUUUGAUGUAAUUUUCAUUAAAGAAGGGUAUAAUAUGCAACGAAGCAACUGGAUCAUUUUGAAUUUCUGUAUUUUUCUGCCGCUUAUCAUGCUUGCCAUCAUUGGAAUCCUUAGGAUAACUGAAAUAAGAAACUCAUGCAUCGCGGAGAACCCAAAGUAUGAGGGUAAUGCAUCCAUCGUUCCAGAAAGCUGCCAUGAGGAGAGUUAAGGGGGCCGAGGUCGCCAGCAAAUGGCCUAAAGAA